AUGGUUUUUCAUGAGGCGGAGAUGUCAUGGAAUGUACUGAUCUCUCCUGACCAGAUGAGCCCCAAGGGCCUGUUGCUCCGCAAGUCCAUCAUUGAGCGUCUCCUGGAGGACAUAAAAUGCAGGAAAGCCUCCGAGGAGCAUGGCUACUACAUUGCUGUCAAUGAGCUGAACGCAAUAGCUGAAGGGGAAGUUUGUGAGCUGACUGGGGAUGUUUCUUUCCCGGUCACGUUCACCUGCCUCACUCAAAAGCCCAGGAAGGGUGAAACCUUGGUCGGCUCUGUGGAGAAGAUCCUCGAGCUUGGCGUGUUCCUGAAAUCUGGACUGAUAGAGAACAUCUUUCUGUCGUACAAGGUGAUGGGCGCCUACACGUACAUUGGUGGCGACAACCCGAUGUUCAUGAAAGACCACUCGAAGCUGGAGAAGGGCACAAUCGUGCGCUUCAAGGUCCUGGAUUUUCUCUGGGUGAAAGCAGAUCGCCAGUUCCAGCUCCUUGCAACGAUGGUUGGCGAUUUCCAGCUCCUUGCGACGAUGGUUGGCGAUUUCCUCGGACCUCUGUAAGCUGCUUCGACAGGUUAAACAUGGUCCCUGCUGUACAUUCUGUUAUCCAGGGUGGAUGGAUGAGUCUUAGGUGAGCAUCUGUCGCGGCGGCUGAUAGGACAUGGUUGCUGUAACUUCCGGUAGCUGAUGCAAGCUCUAGCUGUGAACUAUGGCAAGGCUUCUUGCGACAUUCUGCAUAUUGGAAUUGCUGAACAUGCCCUUGACUGAAGCAGUAAGAUGCUGAACCAAACUUAUAGUUAUA